AUGGAGGAGUUCCAGCCCAUGGGAGUCGCGCGCAGGGCUGGUGGCCUGGCCCAGGGAGACCGCUGUGGGCGCCGGAAGAACACGGGCUCCCCGGGCCGGGGCCGCUGCCCCCCGCCUGGCCGCUACCUGCCGCCGCCCAUACUUCGGCUUUCCCUCUGCUGCGGGCUUUUCUCUUCCCACGUAGAAAGCAAACAGUCUCCGGCGGUGGGUGAGGCGGUGUUUGCUGAAGGCGACUUCAGGGACUGGCCAAGUGAGAUGUCAGCAGAGGCUUUGGCACCCUCUGUGACGACCAGUGCACUGUCCGCCCUGCCGUUCCCCUUGCUGCCCACCCCUCCCGCACCUCAGCUUCUGCCAGGUGGCUGCCUGUCCUCUAAAGUGGGUACCAGCUGCCCCCAGGGGCUCUGCAGGAGCCACUCGGUGCCCGGAGCCCCCCGCCCCGCUGCCUGGGAGCGCCGCGUGGUGCCUCGGCCGCCCGACUCCUCACUGUUAGCACUGCCUGAGAGAGGGCAGAGCCCGCGGCGCUAUUGGAGGUCCCUGUGCGUGGGGCAGCCCGUGGCCGGCCACAGCGUGGCCCUGGUGCGGUGCCUGUCACGAGGAAGCCGGGACGUGCAGACCACGGGGCAGCGGCUCCGAGCAGCGCCUCCAGCCCGUCCUGCCGUGCACUGCACCGCCUCGCUGCGGCCUGCUGCGGCCACCCCGGGCCUGGGCCCCAGCGGCGUCACCCAUGGGACACACGGUCGCUGCGCCUGCCGACCUGCGCUCGUCUUCCCCACUGCAGAGCCGUCCUCCCGGCGGGUGGUUCGCGGGCUUCCCGCUGCCGGGCUGCCAGAGAAAGUUCUGGUCCUCAAGUCUGCCGUGGUGAUCUUGUCUUCGGAGCCAGCGCUGUCUGUGGAGGCGCGGUUCCUCUCUCACCUGACUAGGGGAGCCUGUGGGCCUGUGGGCCACGCCUGGCACCAGGGACGCCAGCCGCCCUGGACGGUGAUGGAGGUGGCGAAGAAACCUGGGAGCGAUGAGGACGGCGAAGCCGCCAGAGAGGCCGUGGCGGUGGGAACCGCUGCGCCGAGAGACGCAGAUGGGGGGGCCCCUCCCGCGGGGGCCGCCGAGCACUCCACCAUCAAAAGGGGCUUCUCGGAGUCGUCACGUGUGGACGGUGCUGUCCUGGAGGAAGAGGGGCCUGCGUGCGCUGCCAAGCGUGUGAAGUUGGCCGAGGCCGUGUCCCCGCAGUCUGGAGAGCAGGGGGCACUUGGGACAGAGACCCCCAAAAGCUCGGGUAGAGGCGGGGCAGUGUGGGCGGACUCCCAGGGCGACAGCUCGGUGGGCGGCCCCAGCCCCCCCCAGGCCCUCUGCCCCGCGGGCAGCUCUGGCACUGCUGACGCUGCUGCCAUGAGCACAGGUCCCGAAGAAAAGCCUGCUCAGGAAGGGGGGUCCCUCGCCCCGGAGGGGCCCUCUCCGUCCCCGCAGGAGAUGAGCGUCACGUGCGCUCCUGGAGACUCGGACGUGGCUCUCAGGUGCCGCCCGUGUGAGCAUCUGUCUCCUUCCGGUGCCAGUCUGGAGACGCAAGGAGACUGUGGGGCGCAGCAGGCGGGGGGACACGUGAGCCCCAAGUGCGACCCUGAGGCGGGGGGCAGUGCCGUGCCGGGGCUGCGGGCACAGCAGGCCUUUUCCUGUGACCUCUGUGGCUUUCAGUGUCCGGAAGAAAGCCUUCUGGACGCACACCGUCUCGGGAAAACGCAUCUCCGCCGUCAGAACCUCGCGGCCCGUGGAGGCUUUGUGCGGAUCCUGACCAAACAGCCUUCUCCUCAAAAACCAUGUGCCCUGGGGCCCAGAAGUGUCCCUGCAAGACCAGGAGCUAAGCCAGUAGCCAGGAACAGUGUAUCCAGAGGAUCACAGAACGCUGGAAGCAGGCUCAAGGAUUUCCGAGGAAGCACCUUGAGGCGGAAGGGAAGCAGCAACGCGCUCCUUGUGGCCAUGGCGCCCGCCACGGGCCCUCUCUCGGAGACGGUGGAGGCGGCUGGUGAAAAUGUGGCUCCCUGCGGUGUGGCCGGGAGCCCCGAGAGCCGGGACACGGAGCUGAGCCCUUCGGUGACCUCAGAGGGCCUCUUAGGUCAGUCUCCCAAACACACCCCGCCCUCGGCGCACAGAACCGGUCCCGCUUCGAAACCCAGGCCCGAGCGGAACGUUGUCAUGCUGAGCAGUAGCUUCCGGCGCCGGGGUGCCACUUUCAGCUUAAAAGGUCAGGCAAAGAGAAGGUUUAACCUGUUAGGAAUUAGUAAAAGAGGCACCAACGAAGCCCAGAGGCUGUUCAUGAAACACUUUAGAGCACAGACGAGAGCCGCUGAUGCGCAGUUAGCUCCCAGGCACGUCGGGGCGCGUGCCAGUGUCCACGGUGUAUGUGGGGCUCCCCUGGCCCCUCAGGACCCACAGCGGGCUGGAGGGGACUCCCACCGCCCGUGCCCCUUGGACUCUCUGAACGCAAGUCCAGCUUCGGACCACCAGACGUCGUGGACGGAUGCAGAGUGCGGCCUCCCCGCUGCAAGUAGGCCGGGGUUGGAAAUCCACGUGAGACAGUGCCACACGCGGGAGGGGGUGUCCUCCUGCCAGACGUGCGGCCUUUCCAGCGUGUCCAGGAGGGCCUCCGAGGAGCAUUCGCACGAUGACCAGCAGCAGCAGACUACCUCUGGCCUGGCUUGUCAGUGCUGUCCGCUCUCCCUCUCGAGCGAGCGCAGCCUGCCGGAGCACGUGGGGGAAAAGCACGGCCUGGGCUUGCUGUGCGCGCGCUGCGACCCGCCCCUCGCGUCUGAGGGGGGCGCAGAGGAGCGCGAGGCCGCCGAGAGGCCCCGUCGUGUGCUGGGCCGCUCGCCGUCCCCUCAGCCGCUGGACAGCGAUUUGGUUUUUCAGACUUUACCUUUGGGCCCUUCACAAUUGGGGAGCAAGAAAUUUUCCGUGAACGAGUCGGGACACGCGGCGCAGGGAGAGCCCGGGCCGCCCGAGGCGGGCCUCGGCAGCGAGGCGCGGCACGCGAACAAGCCCCAGCUCCAGUGUAAGAAGUGUUUCUACAAGACGAGGUCGUCCACGGUCCUCACCAGGCACAUCAAGCUUCGGCACGGUCAGGACUACCACUUUCUCUGUAAAGCUUGCAAUCUUUAUUCUCUGAGCAAAGAGGGCAUGGAGAAACACAUCAAGAGAAGCAAGCAUCUUGAAAACGCUAAGAAAAAUAACAUCGGCUUAAGCUUCGAAGAAUGCAUCGAGAGGGUCUGCAUCGGUGCGAGCGACAAGAAAGAAGAGCUCGCCGCGCCCGGCGGCGGCAGGCUGGAGGGCCGCCUGGAAGGCGGGCAGGCCCAGGCGCAGCCCCGCAUCGAGAACAGGCUGACCCCCCACGAGCUGUCUCAGCCGGCCGCGGGCGCCGGGGGCGAGGGGCCCGCUCUGGGCGCAAUGCCGAAGAGAGGCAGGCCGAAGGGCAACAGCACAUCUCGGACGUGCUCACACUGUGGGCUCUUGGCCUCCAGCACGACCAACUUGACCGUGCACAUCCGGCGGAAGCAUAGUCACCAGUACAGCUACUUGUGCAAGGUGUGUAAGUACUACACGGUCACCAAGGGGGACAUGGAACGCCACUGCGCCACCAAGAAGCAUAAAGGUCGGGUGGAGGUCGAGGCCCAAGGCAGGCAGAGCGCAGACAUCGUUGUCGGCCCGGAAGGCGGCGACCUGGAAGCCGGUAGGAGAAACGCCAGCUCAGCAGGGAGCCCUUCGCACGAGCCCGCUGACCCGGAUGGUGCCUCGUCCGCAAAGCCAGCGGCAGAAGACGGGCCCCCGGCGGAGGUCGAGCUGGAGGCCGCCCUUCCUGCCACCGACGGGGACGCUGACGGCCAGGUUAUUGCCAGGAGGCGCCAAGCGCGAAUGGAGCCGGAGGACCUGGCCCCGCAGGAGGGCGCCUGCGCGCAGAGGGACGCUGUGUGCGCGGGCGACAACAGGUGUGCGCGCUGCGACUUCAGCGCCCAGUCGGCGGCGUCCCUGGAGCUGCACGUGAAGCGCAGACACACCAGGGAGUUCGCCUUCUACUGCAUGGCCUGCGAGUACUACGCCGUGACCCCGCGCGAGAUGACCCGGCACGCGGCCACGGAGAGGCACAAGGCCAAGAGGCAGUCUCACCUGCUCUCGGCCGGCGUCGAAGCCGGCCCUGCAGGAGCGUGUGGGGGCGUCAUCGUGCCCGAAGAGCGGCAGCCACAGAGCUGUGAGGAGCUUCACAUGACUUCAGACCCUCCCCCGGAGACUCUGGCAGCCGGGCCUGCCGACGGUCCCGCGCCGGGGGAGCCCACCAGCUUAGACGGGGCCCGAGCGCUCUGUGCUGCUGAGUCUGCAGAGGGGGAGGCCGAGGAAGAGUCUAACCUCGGCGACGACCGCCCCCUCUGUGAGACUUUGCAGCAGCCCCUCGUCAAGGAGACAGCGAUCCACCCUGAGGAGAUGGUGCCCCUCAGCGUUGCCUCUAAUUGUGGCUCCCCGAGCAAAGUCCAAAAUGAAAAUUCAGGAACCUCAGCUUCAAGUUAUGAGAAAAGAACCACCCCCGCCGUGAUGCUGAGUGGCCCCGGCGAUCUGCGUGGCGAGAGCAAUCGGGGCGGCAGCGGGGAGGUGGUCUGCAGCACGCACGUCUGUCCCGGGGCUCCAGACGGAGAGCUUCCAGCCGAAAGCGCCUUCCCGGCGGCCAUGAGAGUGACGGGCGCCCGGGAAGACCUGGAGGCCACCGGCCAGAGCAGAGGCGGAAGUCCGCAGGCUUCAGGGGGCUUGAGAAGCAUGCGAGCCGAUUCCGCUCUGGAAAACAAGGCCGUUCUCGUGCACUCACAGCACGAAGCCAGGUUCACUUUGGAGGAGGAGGGCCCAGCUUCUGAGGGCGCAGUGGAGAGUAGUGACGUGUACGAGACGAUAAUCAGUAUUGAUGAUAAAGGCCAGGCCGUGUACAGCUGUGGCCGUUUUGAUUCGUCCAUAGUAAGAAUAAAGAGCCCUGAAGACGGUGAGCUGGUGGAGCUUUCUGAAGAGGGUCUCGGAACAGGGCUGAGGGGUAGUGAGCUGCCCGGGAAAGACUCAGCUCAGGGCGCGAAGAGGAAGAAAUCUGAAGGGGCCUCCUUGGGCGAGUCCCCGCGAAUUCGUUGCGAUGACUGCGGCUUCUUGGCAGACGGCCUGAGCGGGCUGAACGUCCACAUCGCCAUGAAGCACCCGACCAAAGAGAAGCACUUCCACUGCCUGCUCUGCGGGAAGUCCUUCUACACCGAGAGCAACCUGCACCAGCACCUGGCUAGCGCCGGCCACCUGCGCAACGAGCAGGCCAGCGUGGAGGAGCUGCCCGAGGGGGGCGCCACCUUCAAGUGCGUCAAGUGCACGGAGCCCUUCGACUCGGAGCAGAGCCUGUUCCUGCACAUCAAGGGGCAGCACGAGGAGCUGCUGCGGGAGGUCAACAAGUACAUCGUGGAGGACACCGAGCAGAUCAACCGCGAGCGGGAGGAGAACCAGGGCAACGUGUGCAGGCACUGCGGGAAGGUGUGCCGCAGCAGCAACUCCAUGGCCUUCCUGGCGCACAUCCGCACGCACACAGGAUCAAAACCAUUCAAGUGCAAGAUAUGCCAUUUUGCAACAGCUCAGCUUGGCGAUGCCAGAAACCAUGUCAAAAGGCACCUUGGGAUGAGGGAGUACAAGUGUCACGUCUGUGGGGUUGCUUUUGUCAUGAAGAAGCACUUAAAUACUCACCUACUAGGCAAGCAUGGAGUCGGCACCCCAAAGGAAAGGAAAUUUACAUGCCACUUGUGCGACCGAAGCUUCACCGAGAAGUGGGCCCUGAACAACCACAUGAAGCUGCACACGGGAGAAAAGCCGUUCAAGUGCUCCUGGCCCACGUGCCACUACUCCUUCCUCACGGCCUCCGCCAUGAAGGACCACUACCGGACCCACACAGGCGAGAAGUCGUUCCUGUGCGACCUCUGUGGCUUUGCUGGCGGGACCCGGCACGCCCUCACCAAGCACCGCCGGCAGCACACAGGAGAAAAGCCCUUCAAGUGCGACGAGUGCAACUUCGCCUCCACGACGCAGUCCCACCUGACCCGGCACAAGCGCGUGCACACCGGCGAGAAGCCCUACCGGUGCCCCUGGUGUGACUACAGGUAA